UCCUCCGGGCCCUGGCAGCAGGAAUUGCCCGCCCGGUGCGGCCGCUCUUAUCUCCUGCCCGCAGCCAUCACCUCCCUGCGGCGGGAGGAGCCAGCGGGAGAGCGCUCGGAGCCGGGGUUGUGGAGCCCCCCUCCAGAGCCGGAGCUGUCCCAGGACCCCCAUCAUGGGCAACUGCAUCCCGGUGAGCCCCAGCCUCCUGGAGAGCAGGAGUUCCCUGCUGGACCUGGUGGAGCUCAUGGGCAACUUCUCCUCCUAUGAUGAUGCUGAUGAUGAUGGCAAUGAGACCUCUCUGGACUACGGGGCCGCGCCGUGCCAUAACCAAUACUGCUCCGUCUUCCAGCGUGUGGCUCCCCCGUUCCUGGCUCUCACCAGCGCCAUGGCCGUGCUGGGCACCGCGGCGCUGCUGUUGGCACUGGCCAAGCGGCCCCAAUGGUCACAGAGCCGGGCGCUGGUGUCACAGUUGGCCAUGGGGACUGGGCUCUUGGCCGCGGUGCUGCCAGCCAUGGCGCUGGGCAUCGGGCAGGGCUGGCGGCUGGGCACGGCGCUGUGCCGGCUCAUGCACCUCCUCUGGUAUUGGAGCCUCUUCGCCCAAGGGCUGCUGGUGGCCUCCGGCUCCUGCGGCCACUUCUGGUGCCGUUGGGAUGCGCGGACGCGCUUGGCCGUGGCCGUGUGGGCCCUGGCGCUGCUCUUGGCGACGCCAGGGGCUCUCACCAGCGGCACCACGGCGGUGCCGGAGCCAAGCUGCCUCCGGCGCAGCGUGGACCUCGUGUCCCCAGUGAACCUCCUGCACCUCGGCCUCUGCCUCUGCCUCUUCCUGCUGCUGCCGGUGGCAGUGCCCACGGCCGCGCGGCUGUGCCCACGGUGGAGGGCGCAAUGGGUGCCGGACCUGGCCGCGAGCUGGGUGUUCCUGGCGCUGUGGGUGCCGCACGGUGCGGCGCUGGCCAUGGAGCUGCUCCUGCACAGCCGGGUCCUGCCGCAGACCUGCAGCACCUUCCAGCACUUUGACUACGUGCUGGGGCUGAGCGAGGCGCUGGGGCUGCUGCACUGCUGGAUGGGACCCGCCGCGCUGCUGCUGGCUGCCCUGCUCUGCCGCGCUGGCACCGGCCCCUCGCCCCACAGCAUCGCUCCUGCCCAUAAGCGGGUGACCCAGGGCCCUGUGACGGCGUGA